GCGUGGAACAUCCUGCUGACGGACCCGGUCAGGUCAACUGGUGGGCCUUCGGCUUCGGCCUCCGUCGUGGCGCCGCCAACUCCCCUUCGUGGGGACGCCGUUACUGGAUGGCUCCGGAGGUGAUCCUGGCCAUGGACGAGGGCCAGUACGACGGCAAGGUGGACGUCUGGUCGCUGGGCAUCACCUCCAUCGAGCUGGCGGAGAGGAAGCCCCCGCUCUUCAACAUGAACGCUAUGAGUGCCUUAUACCACAUCGCCCAGAACGAAAGCCCCAUCCUCCAGUCCAACCACUGGUCUGAUUCCUUCCGCAACUUUGUUGACUCCUGCCUCCAGAAGAUUCCCCAGGACCGCCCUACCUCGGACGACCUGUUCAUUGUUCCUUCCCUCCCUCCACAGCAUCGGUUCUUGUGCCGUGAGCGUCCGCUGACAGUCGUCAUGGACCUGAUCGCCCGGACCAAGGACGCCGUGAGGGAGCUGGACAACCUGCAGUACCGCAAGAUGAAGAAGAUCCUCUUCCAGGAGACGCAGCAGAACGGCCCCGUGUCCGAGGGGGGGGAGGACGAGGAGGAGGUGGAGCAGUACCUGCUGCGGACCGGCACCGUGAACAGCAUGGAGAGCUCCCAGUCGGUGCCCAGCAUGUCGAUCUCAGCCAGCUCCCAGAGCAGCUCCGUCAACAGCCUGGCCGACGCCUCGGACGACAGCAGCAGCGAGAUGGCCAUGAUGCAGGAGGGCGAGCACACCGUCACCUCCAACAGCUCCAUCAUCCACCGGCCCACGGGUCAGGAUAACAUCUACGAUGACCCGUACCAGCCGGAGAUGGACCAGCCUCAGGCUCCCUCGGCUGGGCGCCGCCGGGCCUACUACCGCAACCGGGACCACUUCGCCACCAUCCGGACCGCCUCCUUGGUGACCCGUCAGAUCCAGGAACACGAGCAGGGCUCGGCGCUGCGGGAGCAGAUGUCCGGCUACAAGCGCAUGCGGCGGCAGCACCAGAAGCAGCUGAUGGGACUGGAGAACAAGCUGAAGGCGGAGAUGGACGAGCACCAGCUGAAGCUGGACAAAGAGCUGGAGAACCAGAGGAACAGCUUCUCCACCGAGGCCGACAAGCUGGCCAAGAAGCACCAGGCCAUCCUGGAGAAAGAGACGAAAGCCGCUCUGGCAGAAGAGAAGAAGUUCCAGCAGCACAUCCUGGGCCAGCAGAAGAAAGAACUGACCAGUCUACUGGACUCCCAGAAACGCCAGUACCGCCAGCGCAAGGACCAGCUGAAGGAGGAGCUGAGCGAGAACCAGUCGACUCCGAAGCGGGAGAAGCAGGAGUGGCUGAUCCGUCAGAAGGAGUGUCUGCAGCAGAUGCAGGCGGAGGAGGAGGCCAGCCUGCUGCGGAGGCAGCGGCAGUACUACGAGCUGCAGUGUCGCCAGUACAAGAGGAAGAUGCUGCUGGCCCGCCACAACCUGGAGCAGGACCUGCUCAGAGAGGACCUGAACAAGAAGCAGACCCAGAAGGAUCUGGAGUGCGCCAUGCUGCUGCGGCACCACGAGUCCACCCAGGAGCUGGAGUUCAGGCAGUGUGGCUCGGUGCAGCGGACCCGGGCUGACCUGAUCCGAACGCAGCACCAGACCGAGCUGACCAACCAGAUGGAGUACAACAAGCGGCGUGAGCAAGAGCUGCGGCAGAAACACACCAUCGAGGUCCGUCAGCAGCCCAAGAGCCUGAAGUCCAAAGAGCUGCAGAUCAAGCGUCAGUUCCAGGAGACGUGUAAGAUCCAGACGCGUCAGUACAAAGCCCUGAGGAACCACCUGCUGGAGAGCACUCCCAAAUCCGACCACAAGGCCGUCCUCAAACGCCUCAAAGAGGAGCAAACACGUAAGCUGGCUAUCCUGGCCGAGCAGUACGACCACUCCAUCAACGACAUGCUGUCCACACAGGCUCUCCGCCUGGACGAGACCCAGGAGGCGGAGUACCAGGUGCUGAGGAUGCAGCUGCAGCAGGAGCUGGAGCUGCUCAACGCCUACCAGAGCAAGAUCAAGAUCCACACCGACACGCAGCACGAGCGCGAGAAUCAGAAGUUGGAGAAAAGGUUAUAAAUUAAUCAUGUGUUGUUGUGUUGUCAGAUCGAGGAGGAGAUGCUCUCGCUGCAGAACGAGCGCUCGGAGCGGAUCCGGACUCUCCUGGAGCGCCAGGCCCACGAGAUCGAGGCCUUCGACUCGGAGAGCAUGCGCCUCGGCUUCAGCAACAUGGCGCUGAGCGGCAUCCCGGCCGAGGCCUUCAACCAGGGCUACCCGACCCCCAGCCCGUCCUCGGGCUCCGGCGGCUGGCCCUCCCGCCCCGUGCCGCGCUCCGGCAGCCACUGGAGCCACAGCGUGCAGAACUCGGUGGCGACGCCGUCCUGGCGCAGCCAGAACCACCACGCCGGCGGCUUCGGCCGCGCCGAGUCCAUCACGUCGGCGCACUUCCUCGGCAGGGACGGCGAGCUGCACAAGAGCACCCGUGGCCCCCCCUCCUCUUCCUCCUCCUCCUCUUCCUCCCACUCCUCCUCCCACCACUACCUCCCGCAGCACUACCAGCACCACCAGAGCACGCCGCAGCUCUACCGCGACAGCCACGACGGCCGGGAGCGCGAGCGCCCCCGGGAGUGGGUGGGCGGCGGCGGUGGCCAUUACCCGCAUCCCUCGCAGGUCCACCACCACCACCACCUCGCCUCCCACGCCUCCUCCCAAUCCCUGGCGCUCCUGCCCCCCCCGCCGCCGCCUCCCCCCAUCGCCCUCUCCUCCUCCUCCCCGCCGUCCUCCGCCUCCUCGUCCUCCUCGUCACAGGGAGGCUACGGCGGCGGCGGCGGCCUGAGCAUCCGGGGCCCCGGGCUGAUGGCCCUCAGGAACAGCCCCCAGCCGCUGAGGAGGACGGCGUCGGGGGGGCCGGGCGGCGGCGGGGGGGGGAGCGACGGGGGGCUCAGCCGGAGCACGUCGGUCACUUCUCACAUUUCCAACGGCUCGCACCUCUCGUACUCGUGAAGCCGCCCGGCGUCUCGGAUCCGUCGAACGGAGCGAGCGAGAGAGAGAGAGAGAGAGGGUUUUAACUUCUUAGCUGAUUUUUUUUUUUAGAGGCUUCAAGUGAAUCUUGAACAACAAAAAAAAGCCCAAUUUUAAGUGUAAAUUUUACAUUUCCUUUCCAGAAGUGUGCAGGGACUUAAAAGAGUUUCUGAUGAGCAUUAGGACCCGAGCAUCACGGUUAACCUCUUCCACGCACGGGAUCUACGCAAUCCACUCACAAAAAUACACAAAUGACAACGUGACAAAAAAACACAAAACAACCCCAACUUGAGCCCAUUUGUUCAUCCUGUGACACGUUGAAUCUGUUGCACAGUGUCGGCGGCGCGUCGACACCCCCGGAGUCGGAGAGCAGGUCUAAAGUCUAAAUUCUGGUUUUCAGCUUCCACUUGGCCUGCGGUGCUUUAAAAAAACCACUGUAACUAUGUAAAUAAGGGUAAAUUGUAAAGCCAGGUUGUUGUUUUUUUCUUAGUAUUUCAUAUGUUCAGGUGGGCAAGGGGGGGGGGGGGGGGGUUGGUUGCUGACCAAGGGAAGAUCUCCUGAAAACCAAUUUUUCUUUUAUUUGUAGUGAUAAAUAAGAUUGUGUAUAUGACAAUUAAAGAAACACUGCCAUCUCUGUAGGGCCGAGACGACUCUGCCCUCAAGUCUUCUUAAAGGAACAGUCCGACUUUUCUGAGCUUGUUUGCCGUCCUAAUUACAGAUAAUUAGUUACUGAUGACUUUGAUCUCUGGGUGUUCACAGUACAUAAGUCUAGCAUUAUCGGG